CGGCGGAGGAGCACCGCGGAGGGAGGGGUUGUGAGCGGCCCAAGAUGGCGGCGCCCUGUGGAGUGCAGCUGCUCUGUUAGCAGAGGUGCCUGGUCGCUGUUGGCAGGGGGUCCUGGGACGGACCGCAUUGUGACGACCGUGACCACGCGAAGGACCCUUCCUGCGCCCGCCCGCGUGACCCCAUGGCCCGAGAGCAGCCCCACAUAGGGGAUCUCCUCCCCCUUCUGGAGUCCUCAGAUCUUCGUCAGGUGGAGGAGGUCAAGGGUCUCAUCAGAGACCACCUCAACGCAGACCGAGGGGCUGUGCUGGUGAACGGCUUGGUGGAUUACUACUUGGAGGCCGGGUCCACAGAGGCUAUGCACAUCCUGUCCUCAGUCAGGGAACCCCACGACAAGCACCUCCUGGACAAGAUGAACGAGUGCUUGGCCAGCAGGGCGUGCAGGCUGCACACGCUGACGCUGCUGGGCCACGUCGUGCGCAAGGAGCCGUCAUGGAUCCACAAGAUCGCCCGCUUCCCAUUACUCCUCUCGCUGCUUAAAUGCCUCAAGACUGAUACAGAUGUGGUGGUCCUCAUAACUGGGGUACUUGUCUUGAUCAUUCUCCUGCCCAUGAUCCCUCAGCCUGGCAAACAGCAGCUGUAUGAGUUCUUUGAUAUUUUUGGCCGUCUGGCUGCUUGGAACUUGAAGACUCCAGGUCGUGUGACGGAGGUGUACCUCAUCCACCUGCACGCCAGCGUGUACUCGCUGUUCCACAGGCUGUAUGGCAUGUACCCCUGUAACUUCGUCUCCUACCUCCGCUCCCACUACAGCAUGAAGGAGAACAUGGACACAUUCGAGGAGGUGGUGAAGCCAAUGCUGGAACACGUACGGAUACACCCCGAGUUGGUGACCGGAACCCAAGACCACGAACUGGACCCUACCAGGUGGAAGAGGUACGAGAUCCACGAUAUCGUCAUCGAAUGUGCCAAAGUGUCCCUGGACCCCAAGGAGGCAUCUUGCGAGGAGGGUUAUUCCUCGGCCCCCGAACACUUCUCUGCACCACAGCCUCUGCGCCACCUGGACUCCACCUCCAGCCCCUACGCCGACUUCCACAGCAGCUGCGGGAACUCGUACUCCACCCCCCGACAGGCCAUGACUUCGCUCUCAGGGGUGCAGCCCCCCUACCGGAGCCCUCAGGGCUCACGGCACCAGAUUGGUGAGCUCAACAACUCUUGCGGCUUGAAGGACCCCUUCUGGAGCCCCGCCUCUGUGUGCGGCAUGACCACGCCCCCUCCCUCCCGCAGCAUCUCGCCCACUGGUAUCGCCGAGUCGACCCGCAGCUCCUCCCACUUCCCAGGCCGCGUCCAUGGGACCCUAGGCAGCGGCAAAGGGACGCCCUCCUUCUCCACACCCGUGGCUGCCACUCCCCCCCCGACUCUUUCGGAUGUGUUCUCAAAUGCUUCCCGCUCAUCUGGGACCUCCAGCCCCCCACGCAAGGACAACCGAUCGCUGGAGCACCUGAAGCCUGGCUUGGUGAGACAGGAGCCAAUCAGCGAGCAGGAGAGGGGACAGCCGCCGGGCCGAGGGCAGCCGGGCCGAGGGCAGCCUGCCCUGGGGCGCACAGUCUGGGAUGGCAGCAGCGAAAGCGUACCCAUGACGCUGAUGGAGCUCUCGUCAUUUGUCGAGGAGCAGCAGAGUGCCGAGCAGGAGGAGGAUGCCUUAAUGCAGGAGCUGUUGAAGAUAACGGAGGACCCGCCGCAGCUGCCCUCACAGUGGGGGCUGGACUCUACCUUUUGCCACACCACUGAGACGCUAACUGGCAGCCAGGCGCCUGGCCCGGUUGCCCUGGGGCCGAGCCUGAGCCACAAGUGCCACGCCAAGUCUACAUCCACCACUGACAGGCCAGAGGGGGCGCCAGACCUGUUCACCCCCCAUCGACUGCCCCAUGCCGGCCAGCAAAGCCCCUCAGCCCCCGAAGACGAGGCCCCAAGUAAGGCUGCGCUCUUUUCCCCCAGCCCCUGUGGGGCUGCAACCCCAUCAUAUGAGGCCUUGUUUGACCUGGCACUGCCCAAAGCCGCUCCACACUUUGUGAGACGAAGGACGUCAGAGGCGCUGCGCAGGGUGGGGGCAGAGGAAGGCGAGGAGGCGGGCCUGGGGCCCUCCAUGGGGCCCCCCAUGCCCCCAUCGCCUCUGGAGGUGCUGGAUCGCCUCAUUCAGCAGGGGAGGGAUGCCUACGACAAGGCGCUCAAGAGGCUGCCUCUGCCGAGCAAAUCAGCCGACUGGAUGCAUUUCGGAGCAGGCUCCGCCCCCCUGGACGAGCUGCAGACGCUGCGCAGCCAGCUGCUACUGCUGCACAACCAGCUGCUGUACGAGCGCUAUAAGCGGGAACAGCACGCCGUCCGCAACCGGCGUCUGCUGCGGCGGAUCAUCAAGGCCACGGCGCUCGAGGAACAGAACAGUGCCAUGAAGGACCAGCUGAACUUGCAGAACAUGGACAUCCUGUCUCUGAAGGAGAGUCUGCAGGUGGAGCAGCAGCGCUACCAUCAGCUAUGGGAGGAUCGGGAAGCCGUGGUGACGCGGCUGCACAGCCAGAUCCGGCAGCUGCAGCAGGGCCGCGACGAGUACUACAGCAAGAACCAGGAGCUGCAGAGCAAGCUCCUGGAGUGCCAGAAGAUGACAGGCAAGUUGGAGGCGGAGCUACAGAGAGCCAACAACACAGUCUGCAACAUGGGCCACCAGCUGAGCCAGCUGUCCAUCAAGUUGACCACCAGCGAGAGCAUGCAGCAGCAGAUGGCGUUCCUGAACAAGCAGCUGCUCCUGCUGGGGGAGGUCAACAAGCUCUGCAUGGAGGAGCUGCAGCACUCGGGCUCGGACACCAGCAAGGAGCAACAGAUGCUGCUGGCCUCGUCGGACAAGGAGCGGGAGCGGCUGCGGCUGAGCCUGGUGACGCAGGCCCAGAGCCUGGAGGCAGCGCAGCAGCGCAUCGGUGAGCUGGAGGUCCAGCUGACAAAGAAGGAGCACCUGGUGAUGGAGCAGAAGCUGUUUCUGGAGGACGUCAAGGCCCAGGCCAAGGGUGAGCUGCAGGCGUCCGAGAGCAGGUACCAGGCCCAGAGGCGAGUCACGCAGACCCUGCAGACCGAGCUGCUGCAGCUCUACAGCCGGCUAGAGAAGGACAGUCCCCCCACCGGGGGUGGCCCUGUGCCUGCAGGGGGCACUGUGCAGUCCCACAGCCUCUCUGUUCCUAGGAUGGAUGGCGAUCACACAUCCUUGCCGGGGUCAAAGGUGAAGACAGCCCCCCAGGACAGAGUGGACUUGAACUCACCCGCUGCUACCCCUCACAAAGGCAACAUUAGCACUUUAUUGCCCCUGCCAACACCAGGCUCUGUGAACGGUGGAGGGGGGUGUCCGCCCGCCUGGGUAGAGCCACCCCCACCCUGGGGGAGUCCUGGUGCCCCGCCCCCCGUGGGCUCGUGUCCCACCUCCGGAAGCUUCCUGGACAAGCGGGCGCAGGAGCUGCUUCGCUGCAAGAGCGUGGGCCCUUGGGACGGGGAACCGCGCCGCAUGGCCGGCCUCUCCCAGGGGAUGAAGACUGAGAUGUGCGUGGAGCCCCCGGGGCCCGCCUGGGGGCCACACACGAGGGAGUCCCGGCCGGAUGUGCUGAGGGCCAACAGCCGUGAUGGGCCAAUUUCUGGGCCUGGCAUUGCCCGGCAGAGGAAGCAGGAACUUCGCAUCAUGGAUUAUGAUGAGACACAUCACGAGCACAGCUAGAGGGGCCCCAAGAGCCCCCAAGGGCCACAGGCAGGGGCCGACAAAGUGAUACACUUUGAACUCAGUGUUGAUUCCCAUUCCUUGAGUGGACAGCAGGAUUUGAGCUUCAGUUUGCUUAUCCGCAUAACAUUUAUCAACCAAUCAGUCUUUGCUGAAUCACCUCUCACCAUCGUCUUUGUUCCUCCCCUCUAUCUUCUUUCAUCUCCUGAGGUCUUUAACUUGUGCUUUUGACAGGGCUCUGAUGGUACGGCCCGCUUUGCCAUUCGUCCUUAAUGAUCCUAGCAGGCCACCGUACUCCGACUGGAGAGCCUAAACACCCCGCUUCUUUAGAGCUCAUGUCUGUGAAGUUACGAACGUGUCCUAUAUUUAAGUUAGAAAUUUUUGUGAGAAUGGGGUUCCAUUUUAAAAAUUCCAAAAACAAGCCAGAAUCACGCAAAAAUGAAGUGAUUAGAAAAUGCCACAAGUGGGAGUUGGACAGUGUGUUAUAAACAAGGGCUCCUAGGUGUCAGAGCAGGGCUGCAGUGCCAAGGGGGGGUACAGCCGUGUCGAGGGGGGGGGGAGGGGGCACAGCAGUGCCAAGUUGGUGUGUGCGGGUUGUAGGAAACCCAGAACCUUUUCAAGGUGCUCUUUUUAUAUGGUUGGUCAUUUUUUAAAAGUGCCCCCCCCCCCCCCCAAUACACCCCCUGAUCUUCUGCUGCUCGACAGCUGUGUUGCACACCACAGUGCUGCGGGGUGGAAAUUUGCUCAGGGCCGGGUCACUGGUGCAGUGUUCCUCUCGCUGCGGCUGAUCAGGGUCGCCCUGGUUACCCACGGUGCACUGUACCUAAACCUGUCGGUUGGGUGACAUCGUGCAAUAAGACGGGAGAAUAUGCAGGAUUCUGGCUGGUGGAGAGGAUUGGCAGUAAGAUUGGCAGUAAGAUUGGCAGUUCUUUGUGUAUUUUUUUUCCCUCUCUGGGGACGAAUCGCCUGCAGCUUGCCCGGCAUUCUCACUGACGUGGCGUAUCGGCUCAUAGCAAUAAGACAAUGAGCCUUGUCCUGCCGCCAGCUGCAUCACCGCCCCCUAGUGUUGGAGAUUCACUGUUACACACACAUCCCUUCCACUGCUCUGUCCUGGUUCAUUUAUCUUUUUUUUUUUUUUUUACAUGUCAAGUGCCAAGUACACAUUCAACUUCCUGACUGUAGACCUGAAUACCUCUUUGCCUGCUUUGCUCCAACUGUCCCAGGUCUAAGAAUACAGUCACAUGAUGUGCCUGUAGCUGGUUGCUGGCAGCAGUGCAGUUCUGUCCAGUCCAGGACUGACUCUGCUAUAAGCGGUGUUGGUGGUGAAAUGUAACCCUCUGCCGUGUAAGAAAGUGCUUUCACACCCAAGGGCUGGGUCAGCGGCUGUACUCCGGCCCCGGCUACCGGUGCCUGUGAGCCCCCCGACCCUGAGCUCCUGUCGAGAGUUCAGAGAGAACGAUGACAUGCAGGGAAAGACUCAGAGUCACCUGUUGCCAAAUACGUACCAGGAGCAAAAGCCCCUGAAUCGAACUCCAAGGCUAUGAUUUUUUGUCUCAGAUCGUCAGGAUUUAUGUUUUUAUUUAUUAUAAUUUUUAUUUCUGUUUUGGCCAGGCAGUAUAGGAAAGCAUUCACGUUUUCGUAUAUUUAGAGAAAUUAACACUACAGUGUAUUCUUUUUAUUUUUAAUGAUGGAAUCCUGUUGUCCACUGAAAAAUCUCCACUGUUUCCGUCUGCCAAGCUAUCAUAAGCAUGUUCAACAAUUCAUUUUAAAUUCAGCAAACGAAAACAAACGAAAGGAACUGUGACUGAUAUGGAUACUCCGUGGUACAAUCAAGCGUGUAGCCGAAGCGGAGUUUGGUUGGGGUAGGACGUUCUUAAAGGGCAGUUGCUUGUGUUUAACUGUGAACGAUUAAAAAAAAAAAAAUAUAUAUAUAUAUAUAUUAAAAACACUGUGUGCUCUCA